GCCCUUUGCGCCCGCAACAACACACCAGCGCGUCCCCCUUUAACGCGCGCUCUCGCCUCCCUUUCGAAGCCACUCUAACCUGUUGAGUGUCGGCUCUCGCGAACCAGCCGCGACACGUCCUCCGAGUUGGGUGUUUGGGCCGAUAAGAAGCGAUAGAGAAAAAGGAAAGUCACCGAGUAUGCGCACCGGCAUCUACCUCGUCUGCGCCUGCGCCAUGGUGGUCGCCGUCCCCUCCAGCCCCGACGAUCCCCGCCAGUUCGUCAACUCGCGCUUCCUGGAGCCGGUAGAUGUCGCCGUCGACCCGGAAACGAUAAAUUACCUUCUGCCCAAGCUGGCGGCCAAGUACAAACCGAACAGCGAGUGGAAGGACGUCACGGACCCCAGACUGUACGUCCUCACUGAGAUGGAAUCGAACGAUGUCGAUAGUCCGAAGGACCCAAGACUGGACACCCUGAACCAGUACAUCAGACCGAAAAAACAAUCGAACCGCAUCGGCGACGCUGGUGGCUCCCUCUCCAUCGUCAACUCCCUGGACGUCCUGCGAAACAGACUGCUGCUGGAAAUAGCCAGGAAAAAGGCCAAAGAAGGCGCCAAUCGCAACAGGCAACUCCUGAUGAACCUCGGCAAAAGGGCACCAUACCUACACAACUUUGUCGUACCCAAAAUAUUCUUUCCCGCUAAAUAAACCGUUUUUUAGAACCUAUAGGAGGCUUAGGAUGAGGAAAAAAACCGUGCAUAAUCAAGAAAAAUUACGCUCUCGUUUUGUUUAUUUGUUAGAGAUGGGUAAAAGUAUCGUUUUUUUUUAAAUAUCGAUAUUUUGACUCUGUUAUUUAUUAAGAAUGAGAAAAAGUAUCGACAUUUUAGUUUGAGUUUAUUAGGACUGGGGUAUAAGUAUCGAUAUUUUGGGGCGGGUAGUUUUUUAAGGCUGGAGAAAAGUUUCAUUUACAUUAUUUUCAAUAUGAUCUGGAAACCACUCUUCUUUUAUUUGACAGAGAUGGGCAAAAUUAUCGAUUUUUUAAAUAUCGAUAUUUUGACUAGCUUAGUUUAUUAAGAAUGGGGAAAAUAUCGAUAUUUUUAAGUAUCGAUAUUUUUGUUUUAGUUAGGACUUGUAAAAUAUCGAUACUUUUGAUUUAUCGAUAUUAGGUUUGAAAGCAGCAGAAUAAAUUUUAAAAAAAUGCUUGAUUAUGCAUUGUUUGAAACGUCAUUUUUGACAUAUUCGGAUUAAAGAAAACAUAUAUUUAUAGAACAAGAAUAACGAUAUACUAUGUCCAUUUGCUUUUUGAUGUAUCUAAAUUGAAUAUUAUUUAUACAGUGAAAAAACAGUGUGCCAUAUAUUUUUUGUUUUUUUUUUAUAAAUUACAAUACUUUU